UUCCUAGUCUAAAGGAAAAUCCAUCGUUCCCUUUUUAUUUCAGAUUUUUUUUUGUCUCUUCUCCUCUUCCAGAGCCAUCACCUCCGCCAUCGCCGUCUUUCUCCAUCUCCUUUCUGCCGGUCAUGAUGAUGAUAAUUGUGGUGGUGGCGGAAGAUAUCAAAUCUUAUUAGUCAAUCUGUCCAAAUGAUUUUUCUUAUUAAAUUCAGACAUUUCUGUUACAUUUGGUGAUGGUGGUGGUGGUGGUGGUGGCGAUGGUUGAGGAAGAUAUCAGAUCGUCGUUCCUUUAGUUGAUGGUGGUGGUGGCGGUAGCAGUGCAAGAGGGUAUUAUCUCUGUUCCAUCAAUUGAUGACGGUGGUGUUGGUGGUGGUGAUGGAGGAAAGAAGUAGUGAAGAUGUUCAUAGUUAUCGUUCUCUUCUUUUAUCCAGGCCAAUUGAAGUAGAUUUCGUCUUCCAAUUUCGACAUCUACAAUAGGAAUUGAAGGUUCUGCUGGAUUCAAGGUCGUGGUGAUGAUGGAGAUGAAAAGAAGUUAAAAUGAUGAAUUUGAUGGUGGAGAUUGUGGUGGUUUUUGUUGGAAUCAUGAAAUUGGUGAUGGAGAGAUUAGAAUAAUGGUUGUGAUAAGGUUGGGUUAAUGAAAUUGGUGAUGCAGAUAGUGGUGGGUGGAGGUGGUGGAGAUUGAGUGUGAUUGUUGGUGGUGGUGUGAUGAGAUUGGAAUGAUAAAUUGGUGAUGGAGAUAGUGUCGUCGGUAUUGUUUGAAGAUUUGUGAAUUACAGUAGCAUAUGUUUAGGGUCAGAGAACAAUAGAAAGGAAUUCCCACAAAUGUCAGAGGAUAAAGAGCUGCUUUAAUGUACCUAUGCUGUUCAAAGCCAUUGGUAGUGUGUGUGUCUGGUUCUGUUGAUCCGCUUUCAAAUGGAAUGGUCGAAAGAAUGGAAACUACAGUACUAAGAUGUUCAAUGGUUACUGUUGAAAGACAUUACAACACAUUCAAAUGCAACGUAGAUUGUAGUGAUAAUGUUCAAUGCAUAUAUGUGAUUACAGGUAAGAUGCUGAAAUGAGUUCUAGUAGCGGCGUGCUUGGUGAAGACAUUGUAUCGUACGGGAAAAGGAAGGAUUCAUGUAAGUUUCAGAGACUGCAGCACGCCAUUAAUUUGUCGUCAAGAAUACCCCUGUCAGUAGUACUGUUAUUGUUUGCUGAACACACGCCAGCAGGAUUAAUCCCGAAAGUUGAGAACCACGAGGAAGAUAUCCCGAGGGUUGGGAGAUGGGAUAUAUACCAGAUUUCUGAUUACAUUUGGAAAACAGACAUGACACAGUUUUCGCCAACUCCUAGCUUUGUGGCUGAGUUUUCACAGCCUGAGAAGCAGCUGGGUAUAUCAACCGUGGUACCCAGCAAGGACGACCUGCAAAGUUGGCUGAAAGCGCAAACUAUUGAGAAUAGCCAUCUGAAAGAGCAACUGCAAGAAAAGCAAGCAAUGCUUAAAGCAGUGUAUGCAAUUGCAAGAGAAGGGAUAUCAGAAGGGGACCUUUCAGGAACAGCGGAAUUCAAGGUUCACAAAUUUAGUUGCCAAAUUAUGCAAGCAAUGGGUAUUGAUCCUUACAAAGUGACCCAGGAAGAGUUUAUGCAACAUGAAGAUGAUGUACAUGGAGGUACUGAGCAUGGAGCUACUGAGCAUGAAGAAGAAGAGUUACAAUUAGUUGAGACAGAGCAACAAGGAGAUGGAAGUACUGAGCAAGAGAAAGAGAAAGAUGACGCGGAAACUUCCUUCCAUGAAGAAUUUCCAUGUAUGAGCCUUGCAGCUGGAAAUACGCCAACAAUUCUGCAAGCUCAAACUGCUGCAGAGGGGCACAAAAGACCACUCAGGACAUAUAGUUCGAGUAUGAAGAGUGUGACAACUUGCAAGACUCCACCAAAGAAAAGGCCUGUCGCAAAUCAAAAGCCCACUCCUACAAAUAAUGUUGAUGAGGAGCAGAAGAAAGAUGUUGAAGAGACACCUGUUACGGAUGAGGCACAGAAGAAAGCUGCAGAUGGUGGAGUUGUGGAUGGGGCAGGUGAUGAUGUAGCUGCAAAAGCCGUAGGUGAUGAUGUUACUGCAAAAGCCGUAGGUGAUGAUGUUACUGCAAAAAGACAACAAAACAACAAAACACACACACACACUCAAUUAACCUGAUCAAGAAGAGCAGAUGCAGGCAUCUUCUUGUGAA